AUGCUUGUGAAGAACACACAAGUUUUGGACGGAUACAGAAAAUGCUCAAACUUUGUCAGUAACAUAUUCUUCGUAAUGCUGAAUUGUUCGAUGGAAGACCUACCGGAGGCUCUGCUGACAGAGAUUCUCAACAGGAUCACCACGACAAGUGAUCUCAAUUCUCUUUCCCUUGUGUCAAAGCAGCUCUACAAGAUAGAGGGGAAUCAAAGGGAUGCUAUCCGUGUUGGUUCCGGUCUUUGCAUUGCUACAAAAGAACUGACAUCAUUGUGCGCCCGCUUCCCAAAUCUGCGAAAAUUGGAAAUCGAUUACUCUGGUUGGAUACCUGGACAUGGAAAGCAAUUGGACAACAAAGGCCUUUUUGUGUUUUCAUCUCACUGUUCCUCGCUGAUUGAUCUCACAUUAAGCUUCUGCUCACAUAUCGAUGACUCUGGGCUUGCUUGUUUAGCUUAUUGUAAGACAUUGCUGUCUCUCACGCUCAACUCCACACCAAAAGUAACAUCAGUUGGGCUUUUCUCGGUUGCAGUUGGUUGCACAAGUCUAUCUGCUCUCCACCUUAUUGGUUGCGAGAAAAUUGACAGUGUAGAGUGGCUGGAAUACCUUGGUAGGGAUGGAUCGUUGGAAGAGCUUGUAGUGAAGAAUUGCCAAGGAAUCAAUCAUCAUGACUUCCUAAAGUUUGGUUCUGGAUGGAUGAAGCUCCAGAAGUUUGAGUUUGAGAGGAAAAGAGGAAAAUAUGAUCUUCUUGAUCCAGGUAAUGUGGUCUAUGACUCCUCGUACGAUGCUCACAGCAUGGAUGUAUACGAUUUCUGCUGUGAGAGUUUGAAGGAUUUAAGGUUGGCGCAUAUUGAAACUUGGCCAGAAGCAGGACUUCGAGUUCUCCUAGGGAAGUGUAAAGCAUUGGAGAAGCUUUGCCUUGAGUAUGUUCGUGCCCUAAAUGAUAAUGACAUUAUUGCAUUAUCUCGGAGCUGCAGCAACCUUAAAAGAAUAUCACUUUGGCUCAACCUGCAGCGCUACUCUAGUGAUAUCAACUAUUGUGAGACCAGGACGUCGCUUACUGAUAACAACCUUUACGCUCUAGCCCUCAACUGUUGUAUGCUUCAGAUGAUAGACCUCAGCUUUACAGGAUGUGAUGCCGACUGGCCAUCAGAAAUAGGAUUCACACAAGAGGGUUUUCUGGUGCUCAUUCAGUCCUGCCCAAUUCGUGUUCUUGUGCUCAACAACGCCAACUUCUUUGAUGACGAGGGGAUGAAGGCCCUCUCAUCCUCGCCUCAUCUGGAGACACUCGAGCUUAUAUUGUGUCAUGCGGUAACUGAUGCCGGGAUGCGCUUCAUUGCGCACACCCCAUGCUUGAGUAAUCUCACACUUCGGAUGUGUCAUAACGUUACUGAUGUUGGAGUGGCUGAACUGGAAGGUGCACAGAAGUUAGAGUCUUUGGUCAUCGAGUGUUGUGGUGAGGUCUCUCUGCAAGCUGCGCAGCAUGUUGCCAAGUCAGUUCAGUACUCCAGCGAGUGUUCAAAUGCCCUUAUGAAGAAAAUUGGUCUUGGCGGCUAUUGA